ACAUAAUCAAUCUUCAAGGAGCAGUUGAAAAACGUGAAGACUCGAUGCAUGUGUCACGUGCAAGUGUUCUUAGCGCGAUUUCUCGCUACCAAACUCUACCUCCUAGCAGCGCGACAUUCCACUUCAUUGAUCACCCUAAAAACGAGUUCCCAUCAAAUUCUCACACUUUUCCCCCAAUACAAGCCACUCGCUUCAUCUACACACACUGGAAUGCGACAAAGACCAAUACCAAGACCAGAAAUCUCCAUAAAAGCCAUACCCUUCAAUACAGCUACCCCCGUCACGACAACCGACGGCUUUGAGGACACGAGGCCCCAACUCCACCCGCCCCAACUUCGAAUAUCGACGUAGACUUCCAGAAUGGACUCGCCAUUUCCCUCUGCAACUGCGGCUCCCGAUAUUCCCACGCUCCUGCGCACCUGGUCCGGAAAUUUAACCCGCAACACGUCGUCCGCCUUUGCCAGCCUGCGCCUGAAAGACUACAUCCGCCUCGUCAUCAUCAUCGGCGGCUACUGCCUGCUUCGGCCCUACAUCAUGAAACUCGGCGCGAAGUUACAGAUGCAGAUACACGAGAAGGAGAGCGCGGAUAGAGGCUUCAUGGACCCGAACGAGCUGCGCGGCGCGAAGAUCGAGAUUCCGGGCGUUGAGAGCGACGAGGAUGAUAGCGGGGACGAGGUACACACGGGCGCAGACAUGGAUUUUGGGCGGAAGGCGAGGUUAAGGCAGAGGAAGUUUAUCAGGGAGGCAUUGGAGAGGGAGGAGCAGCGGUUGAGAGAUGAGGCUGAGGGGAGCGAUGCUGAGAUUGAGGAGUUCCUUGUGAAAGAGUAGAGGUGGGUGUAUGAAUACGUGGCCAGUGGGGGCUGUGAGACGGGGGAUUUGCAUUGCUGGCGCUAUGGGUGAAUAAUCAUCAGCGCUCUGAAUCGGCCUUUAAGUGGCCUGUGUGAGUAGGUCAUGCGGUACUAAAGGGUUUGGCCCCUUGGAUUUUCUACUAUACUUGAUUUUUUCUCUU